AUUCCUGGCGCCCGCGCCCCCCGCCUCUGCCCCGCAGUGCGGCCGCGCGUGCGCCUGGGCCCCAGCAUCUCGCACCGCCCGGUUGCUGUGGAAACCGCAGAAGGAGGCUGCGUCCGCAGACCUAGCUGUGAGCUGUACCGAGGCCCGGGCAUGGAGCUGCCGGAUCCGGUCCGCCAGCGGCUGGGAAACUUCAGCCGGACCGUGUUCAGUGACUCCAACCGGACCGGGCCAGAGUACAGCGAGGGUCCGGAUAAUGAAAUGGUGUCCAGUUUGGGAUUGCAAAUGUCACUUUAUUUUAACACUUACUUUUUCCCACUUUGGUGGAUAAGCAGCAUUAUGAUGCUUCAGAUGAAGUAUUCAAUCUUGCCUGAUUACUACAAAUUCAUCGUGGUCACUGUUAUCAUCCUAAUAACCUUAAUUGAAGCUAUCAGGUUAUAUCUGGGCUACAUGGGGAACCUACAGGAAAAGGUUCCUGAGUUGGCUGGCUUUUGGCUUUUGAGCCUUUUAUUGCAGCUGCCUUUAAUUCUCUUCUUGCUCUUUAACGAGGGCCUAACAAAUCUGCCCUUGGAAAAAGCGAUACACAUCAUCUUCACUUUGUUUCUUACUUUCCAAGUUGUUUCAGCCUUUCUUACCCUGAGGAAAAUGGUAAAUCAGUUGGCAACUCGUUUCCACCUCCAAGACUUUGACCGGCUCUCUGCAUACAGAGGGGGCAUGAGAAGAAUGAGAUCCUGUAUAGAAGAGAUUUGACCCAAUGCUGUUGAGUGAAAAAAUGCAAGAUCAGCUCUUCUACCAGACUGUAAGAGGAAAACCUUAGAGUUCUAGCAUGAGAAGGAAGACAAAGCAAGUGUUUUGAACUGUAUAUUCUCUAGAUCUGAAAUUCCAAAGUUGGGGGCAAUGUUGAGACUGUAUAUGAAAGUAGUAAGUCAACUCUAAAUACCUAAAGCCUAGAUAUUGUCCACGUGGUGCCAAUUAUCUUAAUAUUUUUGUCAUUGACUUUUUAGAUGUGUAGAAACCAGUGUUGGUAGUCACAGGUUACCUGCUUUACAGGACUAUUUCUUGUUAGCACCUAAAACUACAAAUGUGUAUAUUUGUUUUAAACUUGCUGGCUGUUCAUGUCUUGGCAGUACAUUUGAAGCACAAGGCAAUUCUUAUCAAUAUUCUGGUGUAUUAAACUGUAUUUGUAAAUCAAGGUACCAAAUUUUCAUGUAUGCUAGGAUUAAAUUCUAACGCUCCUCCUAGCUUUUAUGUUGAAGUUUAAAAACAGGUGGAUUAUCAUGGUAUUUUGAAAAUCAUAAAAUUGUAAUUUUCAUAAAACGAUGUUCAGUAUUUAUAGUGGUGGUAUGCAAGAUAUCUUUAUAAUAAAUUAUGAAAUAUUGAUGUUAAA